GCUGGGAAGGUGUCAGUACUACUGAUCUGGAACAUAGUAGAUUCUUGCUUCCAGUGCUUGGAUAUUCCUUGCUUCCUUCUCAGAUCCGGGAGCUGGUUCCUGAGUCCCAGGCCUACAUGGAUCUGUUGGCCUUUGAACGCAAACUAGACCAGACCAUUAUGCGGAAGCGUGUGGAUAUUCAGGAAGCGCUGAAGAGGCCCAUGAAGCAAAAGCGGAAACUGAGACUUUACAUCUCCAACACAUUUAAUCCUGCAAAAUCUGAUGCUGACGACUCUGAUGGCAGCAUUGCUUCAUGGGAGCUGCGAGUGGAGGGGAAGCUCCUGGAUGACCUCAGCAAACAGAAACGGAAGUUUUCAUCUUUUUUUAAGAGUUUGGUUAUUGAACUGGACAAAGAUCUUUAUGGUCCUGACAACCAUCUUGUGGAGUGGCACAGAACUCCCACAACCCAGGAAACGGAUGGUUUCCAGGUGAAAAGACCCGGUGAUGUCAGCGUGCGGUGCACGUUACUCCUCAUGUUGGACUACCAGCCUCCACAGUUUAAACUGGACCCACGAUUAGCCCGUUUGCUGGGGAUACACACCCAGACCCGAUCAGCCAUCAUCCAGGCUCUUUGGCAGUACAUCAAAACAAAUAAGCUGCAAGACUCCCAUGAUAAGGAAUACAUUAACUGUGACAAGUACUUCCAGCAGAUCUUUGACUGUCCACGACUAAAGUUUUCUGAAAUACCUCAGAGACUCACUAACCUGCUGCUGCCACCAGACCCUAUAGUGAUAAACCAUAUCAUCAGUGUUGACCCCAACGAUCAGAAGAAGACGGCUUGUUAUGACAUAGAUGUAGAAGUUGAAGACCCAUUAAAAGGACAAAUGAGUAGUUUUCUUCUCUCCACAGCUAACCAACAGGAGAUUACAGCAUUGGACAACAAGAUCCAUGAGACAAUCGAAUCCAUAAAUCAGUUAAAAAUACAACGUGAUUUCAUGCUGAGUUUCUCCAAAGAUCCCAAAGGAUACAUCCAAGACCUUCUCCGGUCCCAAAGUAGGGAUCUUAAGGUGAUGACCGAUGUAGUUGGAAAUCCAGAGGAAGAACGCAGAGCUGAAUUUUAUCACGAGCCAUGGUCUCAAGAGGCUGUGAGCAGAUACUUCUACUGCAAGAUCCAGCAGCGCCGCCAGGAACUGGAACAAUCCCUGGGAGUGCGCAACACAUAAGUACUGCUCACAAGAUCCCAUUGGCAUCAUGACCACCAAACCAGUGGACUUUUCAGUGUUACUUAGCUCACUGUUACACAUGGACCUGCUUCCUGACUGGAUGAGAAUGUACCAUCAACACACCAGUCAGAACACCAGCUUUAGAGUGACCCUUGAAAAUCUUGCCCAUGGUGGGUGUCUCAAACCAUUCCAGGCCAGAGACAGCGCCAUACAAGUAUCAGUGUUAAAGAAGAUUAAAGGUUUAUUCAUCAACGUGCAUCAUUAAGUUUUAGCAGAAAGUUCAGACACUAUACACAGCAAAUCCUAAUGGGCUAUGCAUAGAAUCAUGGGUGGCAUUGAUGGGGGAGGUUGAGAUAGUUGUUAUAGGAGACUACAGAUUUAGAGAAAUAAAUGCACUUCUCAUCCUGUGUUACCUAAGAGUCUCAAAUAGUAACUUCUCUUGAAUU